AAGGAGAGUAGAUUAGGAGCGACCACACCUUUGUCACGGCCAUGCUUGCUGUUAGCACGCUUUCUGUCUCGAACAACUUUUAUCGAACACAUUCCACGCAGUUUCUUUUCUAACCAAAAGUUAAAUUAAAAGUAACACACACACAAAUCUCUCUCUCUCUCUCUCUCUCUCUCUCUCUCUCUCCCGUGACUCCUUCCUCCUUCUUCGCCAUAAUAAUAAACAAAAUGAAAAUCAAAACAAGGAAAUAGUGCGUUCGAACUUCGAAGCUUAGUAAUUGAAGCAUGAGAUCACCCCAGCCUCUUCGCAACGGCGGCGAUAACAGUUGUUCGCCGUCGCAUAACCCCCGUUUCCACUCCACGGUGGCGGAACACAAACUACGGCGUUUCAACUUGCUUAUUCUCGUGUUCCGCCUCAGCUCCUUCUCCUUCUCCCUCGCCUCCUCCGUUUUCAUGCUCACCAACACUCGUGGCUCCUAUUCUCCUCACUGGUACCACUACGAUACCUUCAGAUUCUUUCUGGCGGCUAAUGCGAUAGUGGCGGUGUACUCUGUGUUCGAAAUGGGCGCGUCGGUGUGGGAAAUUUCACGAGGCGUAACACUGUUUCCCGAAGUGUUGCAAAUAUGGUUCGACUUCGGGCAUGACCAGGUAUUCGCGUACCUGCUGUUGUCGGCGAGCGCGGCGGGGACGUCGAUGGCGAGGACGCUGAAGGAGAUGGAGACGUGUAGGGCGAGCAAUGCGUUCUGCGUGCAAACGGACAUAGCCAUAGCUUUGGGAUACGCGGCGUUUCUGUUCCUAGGCUUCACCUCGCUCCUAACGGGCUUCCGCGUCGUCUCUUUCAUAAUCAACGGUUCCCGUUUUCAUCUCUGAGGUUUCGCGUGGGAACGACACACACACAAACGAAUGUUUUGGGUGGGGUCGGGCUUUUCCUUUUUUCACUGUACUCCAAACACCUCUCGCUCAAAUCAAAAUUAUUUGUCUAAACCUAAUUAGAACGGAGUAUCUACAAAGCUGCUAACUCCCCUAUUAUGUGGUCAACAGAUAAGAUCUUGUUUGCAUUUUUAUUCAAUUUUAAGAAAUCCUAAUAAGAUUUUGAUUAUGACUUAUUUUAAA